AUGAGUUGUUCAAUGAAAUACAACUGUUGUCACCAAUCGAAUAUCUGUCCCAAGAACAAAAUAUGUAAACAAAUCAACUCCCUCAAACAAAAGCCCUGGAAACGUUUUACCUGCGAAUGCACCGAUGGUUACCAUGGAGACAACUGUGACGAGCUAAUCAGAUCAUGUGGCGGGUAUUUGGACCGUCACCGAGAAUCGGGCAUGUACCAUGUAGUGGAUUCUGUCAAUGGUUCGUAUGAAGUAUACUGUCAUUUCGAUUCUGAUCAUGUAGCGUGGACUCUGGUGCAGUCUUACAGUUUUGCAAAUAGAUCUCUUGUUCAGUUCACAAAAUCUCUGUCAAAGGACAUUCCUAUCAGUGAAAAUGCUCUAACAUGGAGUGGCUAUCGACUUAGCAAACCAAGAAUGAAAUCUAUUAAAAAUAAUUCAAUUUUCCUGCAGUUUACCUGUGAUUAUGAGAAAUAUCUUGAUUUAAAGAAAUCCGACUACGCCAAAAUUGACCUUCGAAAUAUUAGAACCUGGUCGGGAGAUGAGAAAGUCGACGUUCUUGAGUUCAGCGGAUAUACACACCAUGAUACUAUUGGCAAAGGGCGUGGUAAAAUCGGAGAAUAUGAUUUAAAUCUGUGUCAAAUUCGGCUCCAUCAGGGGACGGAUUGGCCUUUGCAUGUUAUUUUUAUAGAUAGCAAAAGUGCUGUUAAUCCAGCAUGUACGGGCAUUAACUUAUUAUCAUGUACCGAGGACGGUUUUGGGUUUUUUGGUUACUAUUAUUAUCUUCGUGAUUGCGGAAAACGCUUUCAUAGAUGUGUAAAGAAUGCUCAUUCAACGACCCAGCUUUGGUUUGGGAUGCGUAAGCCAAUACAGCACGACCGUCUCCUUUAG